AUGGAAGACGAGCUCGAUGCCAUUCUGGAGAAUCUGCAGCGAGAUCUCUCGCAGGUUGGCGACCCGAAUUUCAAAGCACAUUGUCGACAGUGCCACGGCAAGAUCAGCAGUCAAGAAGGGCUCAGCUACACCAACAACGACAUCAUCUUCCACUUCCACGAAGACUGCUUCGUCUGCAGUCUUUGCACCAAGAAACUUGGCGACGAGCCCUUCUACACUCACGAACAGAAGCCGCACUGUACCGCUUGCUACCAGAUCAAGAUUCUAGGAACAUGCGAGCGAUGCAACCAGCCCCUGGCCGAUGGCGUGAUCAAGGCGGGCGAGAAGCGGUUUCACCUCAAAUGCUUUACGUGCUCGGACUGCAAUGUGCCAUUUGAGAGCCAGUACUUUGAAAAGACUGGAAAAUACCUCUGCAAGCCCUGCUACGAGGCUAGUUUUGCCCCUCUAUGCGAAAAAUGUGGAAAGCGCAUCUUGCCCGACCCGGGGACAACCACGAUUACCUCGGUCACGUUCAAGGGAAAGCCAUACCAUGCCGGUUGCUUUGGAUGCAAGGGAUGCGAGCAGCCUCUUCCGGACUUCAAGGGCUUCCAGCAUCAGGACGAGAUCUACUGUCGGCCCUGCUUUGACAAGAUCCUCAAUGCCACCUCCAAGGCAAGUGCAACGGCCGGCAAAACUCCAGGCAACACGAUAGCGCCUGGUCCGUCCGGCAACAGCUCGAAAUAAGAUCCUUGGGUACGAUUGGGUGUCGGGGUGUACGCCGCAGGAUUAUGAGCAGGAUGCAAUACAUCGGGAACCUGGGUACGGCCUGGUAUUUUCUGG